CUCCCACGGGUCUCCCCCUUUUCCCAUUUCGAGGCUCUCCAUUCAUUCGACAACGCCAAUAAGCGAAGAGAGAGAGAGAUAGAGAGAGAGAGAGAGAGAGAGAGAGGGGGAGAGAGAGAGAGAGACCUCGUCUCGCGAAGGAGAGGGGAUCGCACGGAGGAGGCGACGCCAUGAUGGAUCCCUCCAGCGGCGGCGGCGGCGGCGGCGGCGGAGGAGGAGGAGGAGGGGAAGGAGGAGGCGGAGCGGCGGGGGCGAUGGAGUCGUGGGCGGCGGAGGCGGCGCGGCGGUACCAGCACCUGCUCGACCGGGCGACGCCGCACGUGGGGCGGCGGUGGGUGGGGCUCGGCGCCCUCGCCCUCGUCUACGCCGUGCGCGUUUGGUUCGCCCAGGGGUUCUACAUCGUCUCCUACGCCCUCGGCAUCUACGUCCUCAACCUCUUCAUCGCCUUCCUCUCCCCCCAGGUCGACCCCGAGGUCGAGAGCCUCGGCGACGGCCCCGCGCUCCCCACGCGCUCCUCCGACGAGUUCCGCCCCUUUGUGCGCCGCCUCCCCGAGUUCAAGUUCUGGUAUUCACUUACUAAAGCGGUAUGUAUCGCUUUCGUGGCGACAUUCUUUAGUGUGUUCGACGUGCCAGUGUUUUGGCCGAUUCUACUUUUCUAUUGGUUUGUGUUGUUCACGGUCACAAUGAAGCGACAAAUUCUUCAUAUGAUUAAAUACAAAUACGUUCCUUUCUCCUUUGGGAAGCAGCGCUACACUGGGAAAAGGGCAGCUUCUGUCGACACCGAAAUUCUUCCUAAAGAUUAAAUAUUACCAUUGGGAUCGAAAUGCUAUUCUUAGAAGAUAGCUUUGCAGGGUAAUCCAGAGUUAAAAGAUGAUUUACUUUUUCUCAGAUCGAAGGAUUAGUGAUUUUCUUUUCUAGUAAACAUUUGGUGUCAAAAGUAAAGACUGGGAAAACCUUUUGGGAUCCCGAACUUACAGCCAGCUUCAGGAAACCAGUUAUAUCUCCCCCUCUUUUCUUGUAUCUGAUUUUGUUAAUGCAAUAUCAAACCAAGCAUAAGUUUUACUGUAUCAGAUAAUUGGAGGUGGCUAAAUAUGCCAACUCUUAGUUCUAAUUUAUCGCUCUUUGUAAACGUUCCUUGUACUGAGGUAUUGGGGAAUGAUCAACUCUUUAGAAGAAUAAAAUUUGAGCAACAUCCUCGAUCAAA